AUGGCGGCGACAGCUCUCAGAGAGCCUCCAGCAGAUACACCAAGAUCAGCCUUCUUCUACGGCACGCUCAUGGCCCCCAAAGUCCUGCACCGCGUCUGCCACGGCUCCAUGGCAGACGACAAUCCAAUCUACAAGCCCCACAACUUCAAAACCUACCCAUCAAUAUUGCACGACCAUCAACGCAAGAAAGUCAAACGUGCAGACUACCCUGGCAUCGUCCCAAAACCUGGCUCCAGCGUACGAGGAACGUACGUCACCGGACUGACAUCAAACGAUAUCUGGAGACUAGACAUGUUUGAGGGCGACGAGUACUCACGAGAGAAAGUGAAAGUAAAAGUGUUGAAGGAAGUCGGGAAUGAGAGAGGCGAGGGAAACAUCGAAGGCGAGGAAGUAGAGGCCGAAACGUACAUCUGGAUUGCAGGGGAAGAGAGACUGGAGGAUAGUGAGUGGGAUUUUGCGGAGUUCCAGAAGGAGAAGAUGAGGUACUGGGUUGGUGCUGAGGGGGUGGGAGAGUAUGCAGGUAGGGCUUCCAUUAUUGGGGUCGAUGAAGCCGUUGCUGCCGCUGAGAAGGAUGGUACCGGAGGGAGAGGCGCGAAUGGCGCUAUUACGAACGCGUUGAAUGAGGCUACGAGGAAUGUGGUCUGA